CGGGAAGAACACCACCUUUGUUGUGUUGAUUGGUCGGUGGGAGUUCCUAACCAUGUUUGCCGCGUUUAUCCCCUAUUUUUGCACUGAAACCCCACAACCCGCUCCGUCCAAGACUCCGCAAAGUGAGCCCCAUCCGGUGUCAGCCCAAUCGAGGGCGUCAUCCGGCCGUUCCGAACCGGAGUUACCACACCCCCCGGCCAUGAUGUUUGCAGGGAGCUGCGUCGCUGCGGAGUCGUGAGAUGACCUAGAUAAACCUUGAUAGCCCAGAUCAUACUCAGUCAUCCAACCACAUAACCAUCUUGCCUGUUUCCAACCCGAAGUCUUUGAGCUUAGCAGAGACGCACGAGUUUGCCACCAUGGGUGCAGUUGCCCUUCCCAAAGCUGCCCGGCCCCUCAACAAUGACGUCCUCCUGAUCGCGGCGCCAGCUGUAAUCCCGCGAGACGAGAAGUGGAUGGCCAAACUUGAAUCCCUUCACCCCGGACUCAAAGUGCGAUGGGUCGGUCAGUCAGGCGGCUACCCGCCGGAACCGCUGCCAGAGGAGCUCUCCAAAGAAGUGACCCUUCUCUGCCCCCUAUGGGACUACCCAGCCGAGCAACUUCCCAAUGUGCGCUUCGUGCAGCUGCUCUCGGCCGGAGCGAACCUAUGGGUUAAAAACGACCUCUACAAAAACCGCGACAUCAUCUUUUGCACCACCAACGGCGCCCAUGCCCCGCAGAUCGCGGAGUGGGUAAUCGGCACCUGGCUGAUGCACAGCCACCACUUUCUGGACUACGCAGCGCAGCAAAAGAAGGCACAGAUAGCCCGUCUCAACAACCUCGGCGUGUACGACUCGCCUGGCCUGCGUAUGGGAGUCCUCGGCUACGGGGCGAUCGGACGGCACUGCGCCAAGCUGGGUCAAGCCCUGGGCAUGGAGGUCUACGCGUACACACGCAGUGAAAAGCCAACCCCGGAAUCCCGCAAGGACGACAGCUACUGCGUUCCGGGCACAGGCGACCCGGACGGUAUCAUCCCGACGAAAUGGUUCCACGGGUCGUCGAGGGAGGCCGUCAACAACUUUCUGGCUCAGGAUCUUGACUUCCUUGUCUUGAGCUUGCCCCUGACGGAAGCGACCAAGCACAUUCUCAGCCGGGAGCAGUUUGACAUCCUGUCCAAAAAAAAGACAUUCGUGUCCAACAUUGCCCGCGGCGAGCACAUUGACACAGGCGCGCUACUCGAGGCACUGCAGCAAGGGAAGAUCAGGGGCGCGGCGCUUGACGUGACGGAUCCCGAGCCGCUUCCGGACGGCCACCCGUUGUUUACCAUGCCCAACGUCUUCAUAACGCCUCACGUCAGCUGGGAGACGCCCUACUUGCUUCCCCGGCUGCAAGAGAUCGUUGAGAGGAAUCUGCACAGCCUGAGCAAGGGAGAGCCCUUGAUUAACGUGAUGAACCGGGAAUACCAUUACUAGGCGUCUAGUAUCUUUCGAGAUUCACCUAAGUUACUCUUAGGUCGACCCCGCUCAUUAUUUCUCAAGUCUUCCUUGGCUUUCUGGAUUGCCUCAUCGAGGUCGAUGGCCCAGCAGACCGCCUUCUGUUGCUCAGUGUCCUUCUCAUCGCUUCAAGAUGUUCCUUGCCCGUGUUGGCAAAUGCCACAUGUACAACUCAGCCGCGCUCCGGCUGAUCUUGACUAGCCACUAGUCUCGCUCUCGACAACUGGCAUCAGAAGCCGCGAACAAGGACUCGAUACUUGGGCGGUUUGGAUCACUGUGGCCCCGGGGUUCCUCAAGGAGGGACGAUAGCACCGCGACAACCUUCAUGCAGAAGCUGUACCUGGGCUGUGAUGGGGCGAUGGCGUCGCUGAGGACGAGGACACGGCCGGAGUAGAAGCUGGGGAGCGACCGGCUGG